CUACUUACAUGCGUAGAUAAGUGUUGCCCCUCACAACGCGGCUGCGCGUGGCGUCGGACACUCCUCUGCAGAGACCCAUUUUAUAUUACUACAUCCACUGCUUACUUGUAUCUAUCAGUCCGCGGCGGAAACGAGUAUCAAAAAAUAAAGUGGGGUAAACAUUAUCCAAAAUGUUUCGCGUUAAAAAGACCAAAAUACCUACAGUGAUUUUAAAAGAUUUCCAAAAGUUUGCAUCGGGCUAUACAAAAGUACAUAAGGAACCAGACGGACCAUGCGUUAAAACAGAAAUUCCUGGCCCGAAAUCAAAGGCACUUUUUAAAGAAUUAUCUGAUAUUCAGCAAUGUGGUUCAGUUAAUUUAUUUACGGAUUACGAGAAAAGCGUCGGAAAUUAUAUUGCUGACGCCGAUGGCAAUAUACUUUUGGAUACUUAUACGCAAAUAUCUUCUCUGCCUCUUGGAUACAAUCAUCCUGAACUUCUGAAUACAUUCAGCAAUGACAGCAAUAUUAGGGCGUUGGUGAAUCGACCAGCGCUUGGUGUUUUCCCAGGAAUCGACUGGCCUCAGAAGUUAAGAGAUGUUUUGCUCUCCGUUGCUCCCAAAGGUUGUAAUCAAGUAAUGACUAUGAUGUGUGGGGCCUGUUCUGUUGAAAGUGCGUUCAAAGCGGCUUUUAUAUGGUAUUGUACUAACAAACGUGGAGGUAAAACAACAUUUUCUGACGAAGAAUUGAAAUCCGUUAUGGACAACAAAGCACCGGGGGCACCGAAAUUAGCGAUCAUGUCAUUUAAGGCCCCACUUUUACAGGGAGCUUUCCAUGGAAGAACAUUUGGUGCUCUGGCUACUACGAGAUCGAAACCUAUUCAUAAGCUAGACUUCCCAUCAUUUGAUUGGCCCUGUGCUAUUUUUCCUCACUACAAAUAUCCUCUGGAGGAACAUAAGCGUGAAAAUGAAGAACAAGAUAAAAAGUCUCUCGCACAUGUAUGCGAACUAUUCGAAAAGUGGGAAAAGAAGGGUAUUCCUGUGGCUGGUGUGAUUGUUGAACCUAUCCAGUCCGAAGGUGGCGACAACCAUGCGUCUCCGGAAUUUUUCCAACAAUUGCAAGCAAUAUGCGCAAGUAAAUGCGCUGCAUUAAUUUUGGAUGAAGUACAGACUGGUUGUGGACCGACUGGCAAGAUGUGGUGUCACGAACAUUUUAAUUUACCAUCGCCUCCUGAUCUGGUUACGUUCAGUAAGAAAAUGCUGACAGGUGGAUAUUACGCCCGACCGGAAUUUAAACCUCCACAAGCGUAUAGGAUUUUCAAUACAUGGAUGGGGGACCCAUCAAAGUUAAUUCUGUUAGAACAAGUUCUAAAGGUCAUAAAAACCGAAAAACUACUUGAUUUGGUUCAAUGUACUGGUAAAGUUUUAAAAUGUGGUCUUCAUGAGCUAGAGUGCGAGUUUCCAGAUAAGAUAAACAGCGUGCGUGGUCGCGGCACUUUUUUGGCGUUCGACGCCACUUCACCAGAAAUGAGAGACAAAAUUAUGGGAAAUUUGAAGAAAAAUGGUGUGCUGGGAGGAGUUUGCGGAACAACUUCUGUCCGUCUUCGGCCUGCCUUGACAUUCGCACCUAAGCAUGCGGAGAUCUUUUUGGAUAUCCUCAAGAAAUCAUUACAACAAAUCAAAUAAGCUUACAGUUAUUUCUUUAUUCACGAAGAAUAAGAAUAUAGGUACCUACUUUGUUAUAGUACCUACGUACGUAAAUCCUAAGUUUGUAUAGGUGCGCUCAAGAUAAACAAUUGAAUGCGGCCCACUUAUACUACAUUUUUAUGAUGUCUUCAUUUCGGUAACUGUAUUAUUCGUAUGUUUUACGUUGAAGACAAAGACACGUUUUGUUAAAGAAUCUUUAUACAAUUUUAGUUCACCAUUUUAUGAGCCUAAUCAAAUAAUAAUCAUGAGUAGAAUGUGGUAAAAAUAUUACCUACCAAAUACAUUCAAUUUCAUGCAGUAAGGCAUACAUGUAAUGUGCCCGAAUUGCGUUAAUGUCACCGCUAAUCCGCUUCAGUGAUAGAACUUUUCGUUUUCACAGUUUUCCGCAACGGCAAAGUAAAUAAACCCUCGUUUUUACCAGGGUACAAUAAUAUUAUUAAUAAUUAUAAAAAUUAAAUUUGCAAUGUUUUUUUUCUCAUAUACACAUGUAAAUAGAGGUAAAGCAUAAAGGAUCUUGCACACACAAACUAUACAACGUGUAACGUUAAAUGCUCAAAACCUGAAAUAGUUUGAUCAGAAUAAGCAGGAUCAAUUCACAUAGGGCACAUUAUUCAAAAUAUCUUCGCCUCUAUUUAUUAUGGGGUAUUAUAAACCCAGUCGCAGAUUAUGGGGUAUUAGCUGUACCUAAACUUAGCCAGAUUUAUUUAUCGGCCACGUGAUCUAGCAGAUAAUUAAGCAACGGGAAAAUGAGAUAGCCCUAAAGGCUCUUUGCGCUUUAUCCGGGUGCGGGAAGGUCCACCGAGAAGCGUAUGAAUGCGCAAGACAACAGCGACCGGCCACUUGCAUCAAACAGAGAGCGAUUCGAUUCGAUAUCCUUAUCUUUGGUUAUUAUUUACAUACUUAGUUAAAUGGUGCAUUUCACCGAAUGUGUGAAGAGGUGUUGUCUAACCGCUUUUAGUAACAUUAAUUUUCUCCACUGCCAAGUAGGUAAAUUAAAAGCCAAAGUAGUUAAAGCAUUUUAAUUUUAAUUAAGGUCAACUAUCACUUCUGUUUUACAUGCACAAUGAAUAUAAAUGAUUAUUUGAAGUUAUUUUUUUGAAUAUGUUUUUUUGAAUACGCCAAAGUCCUACGUCUUUUUAUGCGUAGGUGUAUGUGUCAGUUUUGUAACUACUUAUUUAUUAUUUUGUAAUUUUAUUCCAUUUGAAGAUGUCGUGUUUAGUGGUUAUUUUAGAUGAAAUAGACUGAUCCAUGUCUUCCAAAUAUACGAAUUUCGAUUCUCUAAAA